UUAGCCGGUGAACUUGACAAGCCUCCCUGACAAGAAGCGCAGCAUUUCCUCGAUCCAGGCUAUGGUCACAAACUUAAAAACAUUUUCUGUUCUGCUCUGUGGUCUCCUCAUGUAGCAUAAAUGCCGAAACUUUCGUCCAGAGCUCCGGGUUUCGUUGCCUUCUGCGUCUGCGUUCAUUGCUAGGCGAUGGACGGGCAGCAGACCCAGGUGAGCGACGAAGAGCCUAAAUACCUGAGAGAAGAGACCCGGAGGAGGAGGAGAAAGAAGGCCAUCACGUCAUCUUCCAGUGCCUCCAUGGACCAGAUCUCUGUUGAAUUCAUCCUGCCCACUGUGGCGCGGGGUGGGAAUAGCCCUGACAGUCUGCAGCUGGAUGUCGCUGGAAACUGGACCGUAGAACAGGUGAAAGCUCAGGUGUGGCUGAAGGCAGUGACUUCAAACCUCUGUCCUGAGUUCUAUCAGAGGUUUUCUCCUGACCACUGCAUCCUGCUCUACCAGAAGAAAGGCAACGUGUGUGAGAUCUACGACAAGCACCAGGUCUUCCAAACACUGGACUGCAUUCGCUACUGGAGAGCCCUCAAGAAGGACGUGGGGAGGAUCCAGCUGGUGCCCCGCCCCCAACCCUCAGACGAGUCCUUGCAGUACCAGCGCUACCUAAACUACCUGAUUGGCUAUGACGUGACUGAUGUCAGCAACGUGCACGACGAUGAGCUGGAGUUCACGCGUAGGAAGCUGCUGACGCCGAGACGCAUCGAGCUGUCUGACCGAGACCCAAAACUCUACUCCAUGGACCCCUGGGUGACCCGCAAGCCGCUGCCUGAGCACCUGCUCAGCAAGGUCAGUAACAGUCACAUCCUGGUGGUGAUCCACAUCGGCACGGCCAGCCAGACCAUCAAGGUCUCGAUCGAUGACACACCAGCACAGGUACUGGCGAGCUUUUUCACCAAGACAGCAAAUAAAAGAGUUUUGCUGGGAAUCCCUGACAACAUGUGUGAGGCAGACUAUGUGCUACGUGUGUGUGGCAGGGAGGAGUACCUGUACGGGGAUAAACCACUGCAGAACUUUAACUGGAUUCGUCAGUGUCUGAAGAAUGGCGAAGAGAUCCACCUGGUUCUGGAGACACCGCCUGAUCCUGAUUUGGAUCUGGUCCAGAAGGAGGACUGGGCCCAAGUGGAUGACUGCACUGGAGUCGCAGGUACCCAUGAGCAGUUGACCAUCGAUGGGAAAGACCAUGAGCGAGUGUUUACCAUCUCCAUGUGGGACUGUAACAGGAAGUUCAGAGUGAAGGUGCUGGGUAUUGACAUCCCAUCCCUGCCCAAAAUCCCAGAGUUUAUUGUCUUCAUAGAGGCCAGCAUCUUCCAUGGCCAGCAGCUUUUAGCCCAGGAGAGGACGACCUCCAAAACCUUCAAUGAAGAAGUGCUGUGGAACUGCUGGUUAGAGUUUAACAUUAAGAUCAAGGACCUACCUAAGGGAGCUCGCCUCAACCUCCAGGUGGUCUGUGGGAAGCAGCCUCAGACGCCAAACUCCAAGGGAAGCUCCUACCAGGACAAUACAGCAGGAGGAGGCAGCCAUGAUGGAAAGACGAAGAGUCGUCUCCUGUACUACGUCAACCUGCUCCUGAUCGACCACCGCUCUCUGCUCCGUCAGGGCGAGUUCAUCCUCCACAUGUGGAAGAUGCCAGAGAAGAGCGAGGAGAGCAGCAGCAGCAUUAAUGCAGACAAGCUCACCUCGGCAACCAACCCAGACAAGGCCUCUUCCAUGGCCAUCGCCAUUUUACUGGACAAGUACUGUUACCCCGUGGUGCUGCCCAAGAGCCGCGACGUCGGCAGGGACGUAGCGGCCGUGGGUGAGGACGUCGAGGGAGGGGAGCGAGGGCAGAGAGAGAUGCCGAACCAUCUGAAAAAACAGUUUGCAGCUAUCGUUUCGACCGACCCCCUGCAUCCACUCAGUCCUGAGGACAAAGAGCUGCUCUGGCACUUCAGACAUGAGUGUAUGCGCGACCCCAGGGCCUAUCCAAAGCUGCUGGGCUCAGUCAGAUGGGGGAAACAGGAAGAUGUUUUGGCAACACACCGUCUGUUGGAGCGCAGCAGUGCUUGGGACAGCAGUGGCCUGGAUGUUGGUCUGGCCAUGCAGCUGCUGGACUGUCACUAUUCUGAUGCUCAGGUUCGCUCAAUGGCUGUCAGGAAGCUGGAGACUCUGGAGGAUGAUGAUGUGCUUAGAUAUCUUCUGCAGCUUGUACAGUGUAUGUAUGUGUGUAUGUGUCUUGUGCAGGCGGUCAAGUUUGAGCCCUACCAUGACAGUGCCCUGGUGAGGUUCCUGCUGAAGAGAGCUCUGAGGAGUAAGCGUAUAGGUCAUUUUCUAUUCUGGUUCCUGCGCAGUGAGAUCGCCCAGUCCAUGCACUACCAGCAGAGGUAUGCUGUCCUGCUGGAGGCCUACCUCAGAGGCUGCGGUGAGGCCAUGCUGCAGGACUACAGGAAACAGGUGGAGAUGACUGAGGCUCUGCAGAAAGUCACCCGUGAGAUGAAGGCCAUGUCUGCUGAUAAAUACGACGUCACUGCACAAGUGGUGUUUCAGUUGCGUCAGAAGCUGGAGACUCUGCAGUCAUCUGGUCUGCCGGAGAGUUUCAGAGUCCCUUAUGAUCCUGGACUGAGAGCCGGGGCCCUGCUGAUUGAGCAGUGUAAAGUGAUGGCAUCCAAAAAGAAGCCACUGUGGCUGCAGUUUAAAAGGGCCGACCCCACCACUCUGUCCAAAGACCCCAUCGGCAUCAUAUUCAAAGAUGGUGAUGACCUCAGACAGGAUAUGCUCAUCCUGCAGAUUCUGCUUAUCAUGGAGUCAAUCUGGGAGACUGAAUCACUGGAUCUCUGUCUGUUACCAUAUGGCUGCAUCUCCACUGGAAACAGAAUAGGUAUGAUUGAGAUUGUGAAAGAUGCCACCACCAUUGCUAACAUCCAGCAGAGUGUUGUCGGGAGCACCGGCGCUUUUAAAGAUGAAAUCCUUUAUCAGUGGCUGCGGGACAAGUGUGUCAGCGAGGACAAGUUCCAGCAGGCUGUGGAGAGGUUUCUGUAUUCCUGUGGUGGCUACUGUGUGGCUACAUAUGUCCUGGGAAUCGGGGACCGCCACAAUGACAACAUCAUGAUCACUGAGUCUGGGAAUCUCUUCCACAUUGACUUUGGUCACAUCCUGGGGAAUUAUAAGAGCUUCAUGGGAAUCAGUAAGGAGUGGGUUCCCUUCGUGCUCACACCAGACUUCCUGUAUGUGAUGGGAACAUCAGGAAAGAAAAGUAGCCCCCACUUCCAGAAAUUCCAGGACGUGUGUGUGAAGGCUUAUCUCGCCCUUCGGCACCACACCAACCUGCUCAUCAUUCUCUUCUCCAUGAUGCUGAUGACAGGCAUGCCCCAGCUGACUAGCAAGGAGGAUAUCGAGUACAUCCGUGAGGCUCUGACUGUUGGCCGCAGUGAGGACGAGGCACAACGCCACCUGCUGGACCAGAUAGAGAUUUGCAGGGAGAAAGGCUGGAUGGUUCAAAUCAACUGGUUUGUUCACCUGGUGCUGGGGAUCAAGCAGGGGGUGGAGAAACGGUCCACUUAGUACAAGUUAGGAAAGAUUUCAAGUUGUUCAUUUUAAGAUUAUUUUAAGGCAUUUCCUAUUUUUUUAUGUGAUGUAAAUAAGAGAGUCUUACAACAAGGUUCCUACAGAAGACUGAAAAGCUAUGAAAAUUAAUGUAAAAAUAUUUUGUUUUCAUUAUACCUGCCAACACACCUUGUGUAAUUUAGACCACAGAUCAUCUCAGAUAUGAAAACGUUUCUAUGAAGAUUAAUGAGAGCAGAUGAAAAACUAAGAAAUGGGAUGUAAUGAGUGUAAAUCAUGUGGAACAUCAAAACCAAGCGUUAAAACUCUGGAAAAACACUGGAUCUUUGAAACCAAAUCUACAUUGGGUGUAGUGUAAGAAGUGUAAGUGGAGGAAUCAUAAGGAUUUUCAUAAGGAAUUCAUGCACACAUCCAGACCUGGCACCAAGAUACCAAAGUGCUGAAAUAAAUGAACUUAAUUAUAUUCAGUGGUGAAGAUAACCAGAGCAAAAAAUUAUGGAAGCCUGUUUAUGCCAAGUUGAUUUAAAAAAAAAGAUGCUGUAGGUCAUUAUAAUGGGAAGCUUUCUCGAAAUACUAAGUAUCUCAAAAUAAUGAAAUACUCUCCAAGCCUCCAAUUUUUAAGAACAUUUCUCAUUAUAAUGACUUACAUGUUUUUUUCAUCACAUUGGCGUAAAUGGGUUUCCAUAGAAACACCGCAGGAGUGACAGUUUUUGUUGCAUUGCUUAGACCAAGUCAAACAUCUGCACCAAGCUCACAAAAUAACAUUUAUAGGAUUUUUUUCUUUUGCUUAAAUCAGCAUCAAGAUAACAAUCAGAAGUCUUUGCCUCCUGUCAGAGUUACCUCUACUCUUAUUUUCCUGUUUGUCUUACAAAAUCUAGUUUACAUCAUUUGGAGAUUAUGCUCUCUCUCUCAAAAGUCCUAUGUCUAACAGUGGAAACUUAGCGUGCCAUUCUCAUGUUUGUCAGAGGAAAAGGUGUCUGUCUGCGAAACAGUGAUGACGAAAUAAAAGGCAAUUUAGAGUAGAAACUUUGUUUACAUGAGUGAGGAACUGGAUCUCUACAUCUCUUAUUUUAAUCAUUUUCACUCAGACUACUCCCUGUUCCUACUUCAAAGUAUUUUCUACUGAGGAAAUUUCUCUCAAUUUUUCCACAUUAGAUGUUGCACUGUUUAUUGAGUUCUUGCUGAAGUAGUGCUGCACUGUCCCUCAGCUCUAGAGGAGCUGUUAGAUUGAAAAUGAAAGGACCAGCCUGUUAAUAGUGAGUUUUUUUAUUUAUACAGCGGUAAUCUUUUUAUUUGCACUGACUGUUAUGAAAUACUUAUUACAUGUCCUUUGAAACAUUGUGCUCAUGAAAUUUAAAUUCCAAAAAUAUGUGUUAAAAGUCAAAUUUGAUAAUGCUAAUUUAUAAGAAUUUAUAAUCUGUGGCAUUGUAACGCUACAGUGGCAUGCGACAUUCAGCAGAUGCUGGUCAGUGCUGGAGUCACUUCUUAUAGAAGCAUGGAAUAUAUCUCAUGUUUUUAAGCCAGAUCAUAUUCACCCUUUCAAGGCAGCUUUGACUGAAAAUAAUGAGCUCAUAAUUCACAUAACUCUCUGAAGCUUUUGUUCACGUGCAUCAUGACAGAUAAAUGAAAUCAUAUCUAAGUAGAGACUGAGGCAAAUUAAGAGAUGAAAGAAAGAAUUGACCAUCGUAGAUUGUGGAUAAAUGUUACAAGGGUCAGAUCAGGAUAAAUUACUUCCAAGCUGGAGAUAAAAGCUACAGUAAAUGUCAUCAGUUUGAAAAUCAGUGUUUUUUAAAAGCUUGCAUAAGAAAGAUUAAAGCCUUCCAUGUUUUUUCAGAAAUAACAUUUUGCGAUAAAGCCUUUUGUGCCUGUAAGUAUCUCCUAUGAUUGAUUCCAGAAAGUAAAAUAAUUGGAACAUGUUGGCUUCUCUGUGGAAUAGUAUCAGAAAAUUAAAGUUAUGUGCAAUAAAUAUUUUUUUGUGGAUUUUC